AUGGGCGAUUUCUAUACAUAUCUUACUUUUAUUGGUAUUGUGAGUGUGUGGAGUAUAUAUGGCCUCAUAACAACAGUCAUGAAAUCAGCUAGUGGAAUAACUGUCUACAUGGUGGGCUUGAUUUUUAUAACAGUGAUUCACUUUAUCAUUGGAUUCAUCCAUAUCAUGUUAUUAUUCACAACAUAUCGUCCUAUACUAUUAGACUCUUGUCUUCAACGUCAACCCACACGGUUAUUUUGGUGGUCGUUAGGGUAUGAUGACAACGAGGAAAUAAAAAAGAUUUAUAUGGCUUGUUCUACGCAAUGGAUCAGCUUUGCGACCGAAAGAUUUGUAUCCUGGAUUGUGUAUAGUUUUAUCUCUUUUCUUUGCUUGUACUUCGUUGUGAGAUAUCAGCGAUACAUUACACAUCAACGAAACAAGGCACAAGGUGUUGUGACAGGAGCUACAGAUGGUGACUGGUCUGAUGACGGAGAUGACUAUAGUACUUUUGUAGAAAAGAAAAAGCAAGAUGGAUCCACUGACAAAGUAACUUAUUACCAUGAAGAGUUCCCCACGACAAAAUCCGAAGACAGCGAACUCUCGGCCAAUAUGCAUCAACAACGACAAAAGCUAUUUGACGUCAUUGCCAAAAGAAAGAGAGCCAGAAGCAGUCUGAACCGUAGACCCACUAUUGGUAAUCCAAGUGAAGAAACUGUCAAUGUUGUCCAUCCAUUGGAUUUGGCUCAGGAUUUGGAUGAUUAUGAACCACCACCAAUGCCACCAGCGGAAGACACAAGUGAAUCUUGGAAUCGAUACAAUGACGAGCUUUUGAAAGAAGAACAGGAAGCGUUGGAGCGUCAAAAGAGAGUCGAUUCACUCUCUACUGAACGAUUGGAAUAUGAAAUGUACCGAUCUCAUGGAUCCAAAAGCCGAGAGAGUAGUAUAAGUGAAACUGUUCGACAGGAUGCAUCCAGAAGAAAG